AUGCAUGCCAUCGAAGAGCUACUCGGGGUCAGGAGCAAUUACGCAAUUACAGGAGAUCAAAAGGCAGAAAGAACCAGUUCUCAUCCCAGCUCUGAGGACAGGGCAGCACUGGUCCAUGAAGAAAGCGAGCAAUCCGAUGAUGAACUCUUAUCCCUCUCCAGUCAGCACAGUGGCACUAGCACUGACAAAAUUCACGGCACUUCAAAGCACAGCAAAAAGCCGCAAGAGCAGCCAGGCCCCCCUCCACAAGAGGAUGCAGAUCUUCUAGGUUUGGCCGGUACUCCUAUGAACUACUCAGCAGCCCCCAGUGCACCACCAUCUAACUCAGACUUGCUGAGUGACCUUUUUGGGGUUGGAAAUUCUGGAGGAUUAAACCAAGGCAGUCAGGGACCUGUUGAAGAUGUCUUUCAGAUAGGUGGAACUGGUUCAGCACAGUCAACUCCACGGCGGUCUGCAACUUCAGCAUCCCCAUCGUUGUCCCCAAGAAUAGGAGAAGAAAAAUAUCCCCAACUCUUCCAUAUCAUUGUGGAAAUUGAAAUUGAUUCUGCUGAUAGGCAGACUGACUUAACUCCUCCAUGGGAGAAUUUCACCACAAAAGACAUCAACCCAAGCAUUCUUUUCUCAUCGCAUCAGGAGCAUCAAGACACCCUUGCUCUGGCAGGUAGAAGUUCUGUAGAUGCAGUGCAAGAUAACCUAAAGAAUGUUGGCCAGGGUGCAUUCUUGUCAUCUCUCAGCUGGCAAGAAUUCUCAUUCUGGUUUCUUGCUAAGCCAAACAUAACAUUAAUACACGUUGCUUUACUUCACAUUCCAGGUUGUCCUUCCUUGGCCAGCAAACCCAAUACACCUACAGGAAUGGGAGGGGUUUUUCCUCCUAUGGGAUCACCACAGAAACCAUCUCCCCAGCCAAUGGGAGGUGGCAGCUGGCCACAGGGCCCUGGAUUCCCUAGGCCUCAAACCCAGACUAAACCUCAACAAAGCAUGCCUCAUUCUUCUCCGCAAAAUAGGCCGAAUUAUAAUGUGAGUUUUUCUGCAAUGCCUGCUGGUCAAAAUGACCGUGGAAAAGGAUCGGGCAGUUCUGAUCCUAAGCCCAAACUGUCUGCUGAUUUUGAGGAUCUCUUAUCUGGCCAAGGUUUUAAUGCGCAUAGAGACAGAAAGGGCCCCAGAACAAUAGCAGAGAUGCGAAAAGAAGAAAUGGCCAAAGAAAUGGAUCCUGAAAAAUUAAAAAUCCUUGAAUGGAUUGAAGGGAAGGAGAGAAAUAUAAGAGCAUUGUUAUCUACCAUGCAUACAGUGCUAUGGGAAGGAGAAACAAAGUGGAAACCUGUGAGCAUGGCCGAUCUUGUAACUCCAGAACAAGUGAAAAAGGUUUAUCGGAAAGCAGUACUUGUUGUUCAUCCUGAUAAAGCUACCGGACAGCCAUAUGAACAAUAUGCAAAGAUGAUUUUUAUGGAGCUCAAUGACGCCUGGUCGGAAUUUGAUAACCAGGGCCAGAAGCCUUUGUAUUAGCAUUUGUCCUCAGACGUUGCUGUAGAUCUGUGCUAGUGCUUGUAUUGUUCCUUGCCACAUGAUUUUCACAGCUGAACUGAUGUCUGGCUGGAGUUGUAAAAGUAUUAAUACUAGCCCAAUUUUUUAAAAAAUACUCUUCAUGGACAGGAACAAAAGAGAAGGCUGAUCUUCAUGAAUUACAGAUGUAAAAAGAAAGGAGUUCUUGGGACUGAUUUAUAAUGUUCUUUCAGAUUUAAAUAGGCAUUCUAGUAAAUUAGGAUUGUUUGCCUUGGAACAAGUGAGAUGAAAUUGUCUCUUUGCCUUUAGCAAAAGGGACACUACCACUUUGGAUGUGGCUUGAUUUUGAAGUUUGUAUCCAGAACUAACUGAAACUACGGUACAUCUUCAUUCAUAUGCAGUUAUUUAAAACACUCUCUUUCUUAUCCCAAUUGGCCCUUAAGUUGUUUGUUUUCUUAUGUUUUGGAUAUGUCAGAUAAAUAACUUAAUUAUGUUGCUGGUAACUUAUUGCAGCCUUAAGCAUAGUAUUGCAUUUCAAGUUUAAGAUUUAAGCAGACAUUCUUCACAAUAGUUGAAUUGGGAGCUGCAUCUUUAAAUAAUCUAUUAUGUUAAAUCAGAAACCUCUUGGAGAUGAUAUCAAAAUCAGUAGCACGUUGUGUUGACUGUUCUGCACUAAUAGAAACUAAGGGUGUGAUUAUAUUGCAAGCUUUUAAAAUUCCCCAUUGAAUUAUAUUAUCUUCUUACAUACAGGUGAAUCCUUGAUUUUUCCUUUAAUUUGUGUUCUUCCAAAAUUUUAAUUGAGUUCGAUCAAACAUAAGCUUCCCAGAACAUUUUUAAUACAACUUGAGUGCAACAUAGGCUCACCUUCUAAGCCUCUGGAAUUAAUUUAUUUUGUAAAUUAUUCAAAUGAUGGAAUCUUAUCUAGAAUAGAUAUAUUGGUUCAAAAAGCAAUACAAACAUCUGUAUGGUACUUAUGAAAAUAAAAGUGGUUUUUUCCCACCUUCUUACAAAACUAAUUUUACAUAGUACUCUUUCCGCAGAGACACACGUAAUGGCAAUUUUUAUUUAGGGGUAUUUCCUGAAUGAAAUCCAAUCACAAGCAAUUAUGCAUUAUUUUUCCUCGUAAACAACUGUCAUUAAGUCAGCUUAAGUCAGGAACAACCGUGUAGACCUGGACUGAGUAUUAUUGAUCUUGAAGUGACAUUUGAAAAUUGUAUUUCUCAUUUAUUGAAUGCAUGGUAGCACUGCAGUCCUGUCACACACUAGAAUCUAUUAUACAGCCUAUCUUCUCAUAAAGCUGUCCAGAGAUAGGCCUAAAAACACUGGGUGGAGGAAAAUUGUCUGUAUUUUCACUAGGAGGCCAGUGGAUAGGCAGAAGUUUUCACUCUUUCUUAAAGGAAGGAAUUUCAAGGUAAUGUGAAAAUCUUUGUCUAUUUAGUGUUUUUAAGACAAUCUGUUUUUCUGUUCUGAUUUUUUAGUGAGAGAAACCCUUUUCUGCAGAUACAGCAUGUCAACCAGCCUACAUUUAUUUUUAUAUUACAUGCCACCUUUUUGUUGUAUUGAUCCAUUAUUUAUUGCCAUUUACUGCCAAUGUGAAUCAAAAACAUCAAGUUCUCCUUUUUUAUAUAUAUACAAGACAUUAAGAUGUUUGAAAAGUAUAACAAACUGGAUGUUAUUUAUUAACAUAUUAUGAAAUGUUUUGAUCAAAUAUGUGCUGGUCUAUUAAAAACAUUUUGGAAUGUGAAUUAUGUUCCUGUGAAUGUUUUUACUCCUUUAUUUUCCUCUGUAGAUGCUUAUGAUGCUGUAUAUAAAUAGAUUUAAUUAAUAUAGAAAACAUUUUUUGAGAUUAUACCAAUGAUUAGCUUAGUGUAUCAAAUUUAUUAUUUUUAUAAAUCCAGCUAACUCAAGUUUAUGUGAAACACAAAGCAAUCCUUAAGUUUCAUCUAACUCAGAAUCAUGAAAAGUUAAUCCAGUUUAAACAUUCCUCUAACUGCUGUGUUUUAUGCAUGAAGAUGAGACUUGCUAUGCGAUCAAAAUGAUGGAGACCAGACAAGGUUUCCUCUUCUGUCUUUUUGAUGCUAUCAGGAAAUAACACUU